UUAGAUUUUUCUUAGGGCGGUUACAGUUCCCAUAGACUAUGUAUGACAAUUAAUACUGUAUACUGAUCACCUGCUUGGAAAAAGGAAGGUGCAUAAUAUCCACAAUCAGCUGAGCCUCCGCGGUAAUGCCCAACAACUCGGUCAGCACCUACGGCCUCCCGUCCGAGAUCCAUCUCGGGAGCGGCACCUCGGGCUCGGACGAGGUGUCCAGGGCUCGCCGGGUCCAGCAGCAGGUUCAGAUGCGGCUGGCCGAGAAGUCCACACUUCCGCGUCACAAUGGCUCCGCUUCCGCCGCCAUGUCAGACUACGGUGGGUCUUCCACUAUGAAAUACCAUACGUACAAUCCGGGUUACAGCUCCAAGUCGUCCUACAUGUUCUCAGGCUCCAGGACAAUGACGCCGCAGGUAGCGCAGAGGUCUGGCUUUAGCUCUCUCUCAGCCGGCCCAGACAUGGCUCAGUUGCCCAGGAUCAGUGGUGGCGGCGGAGGAGUCGGAGGCGGCAGAGGUUAUUACUCUGAAGAUAUCCACACGGGCACUUAUCAAGGGAACCGGCACCAGUCCCGCAUGGAACCGGAAAUCGUCUCCUUGCACGCCAUGAGGCAGCAGACCAUGCCGGCAAAUGCCUGGGUGGUGGACGACAGCGACGGCGGCAGCAUGGCGUCCGACCGUGAUGCCGUGUUCAACCGCCACUACGUGCCCACCAAUGGCUACACUAGCCAGGUGAGGCAAGGGGCAGGAUCCAUGACCUUCCCGGCGUCCAUGCGUCGAUCCCACAGCGGCACUAUCCCACGUGGCGGUGAGAUGGACAUGGGGAUGGUCCAGCAAUGUUCCUACAAAGGUCCGGCCUACCGCACCAUUAGCAAGAUUAACAACCGAAAGCGGAUGAGCAUGGGCUCCAUGUCGGGGACCCUGCAGCGCCAGAUUUCAAGCGCUUCCAGCAUGUUCGGCGGGGGGGUGGACAAAACGGACGCAAGCUGUAUAUGGCCAGGAAUGCCCUCCGCUUCCCAGGGGAAUUUAGCGAUGCAGCGGCGUCAGAGUACCAUUUCCCGGGCGAUGUCGGUCAAAAGCAUGCAGAGUGUUGGCCGAGGUGUCGACGUCUUCAAUGGGCAGAUGAGGAUCGGAAGCAUGGGAAACCUCACUGGGAUGGAAACUUUGGACAUGGCCAGAGCUGUGCAGUACCUGAGAGAACCAGACCCUGAUAUGCAGGUUUUGGGUGCAGCGUACAUCCAACACAAGUGCUACAAUGAUAGCGAUGCCAAAAAUGAGGUCCGUCAAUGCAAGGGCAUCAGUGAGCUGGUGAAGCUGUUCAACUCUGAGAAUCAGGAAGUGCAGCGCUACGCCGCUGGUGCCACACGCAACCUCAUCUACGAGAACAUGGAUAACAAGGUGGCCCUGAUCGAGGAGGGCGGCAUCCCCCAGCUGGUGGAGGCGCUCAAGGAGCCCGAUGACGAGCUCCAAAAGAACAUCACCGGUAUUUUGUGGAACCUUUCAUCAAAAGACACCCUGAAGGAGAAACUGGCCCGAGAGGCUCUUCCGGUUCUGACCGAUAAGAUCCUCAUCCCUCUUUCGGGGAGCGAGGGGUCAGAGGGCAUCAACCAGUCGGCCUCCGAGGCAGAAAUCUUCUACAACACCACUGGCUGCCUCAGGAAUCUGAGCUCAGUGAAUGAAAAGACCCGUCAGCAGAUGAGACAAACCCACGGGCUGGUGGACUCUUUGGUGAGCUACAUCAAGGCCUCGCUGGAGGAGAACAAGGCAGAGGACAAGGGGGUGGAAAAUGCCGUCUGUGUUUUGAGGAACCUCUCCUACCAGCUUUACAGCGAGAUACCGCCGUCGGCUCUGCUUCGCCUGGAGGGGCCAAGCCGAGCCGAGGACUCCGGGAAGAACGAAGCCAUCGGCUGCUUCACCCCUCAGAGCAAGAAGGCCAACAAUACCAGGAACCAGGACCUGUCCACGUUCACUGAGGUGGCCCGCGUUCCGAAGGGAAUGGAGUGGCUGUGGCACCCGCAGAUUGUGGGGCUGUACAACCGUGUGCUGCAGCAGUGCGAGAUCAACUCAACCACGCGGGAGGCGGCGGCAGGAGCGCUGCAGAACAUCACGGCCGGAGACAAGCGGUGGACGGCAGUGCUGAGCCGCGUUGCCAUGGACCAGGAGCGCAUGGUGCCAGUUCUAUUAGACCUGUUGCGCACCAACAACGACGUGGAGCUGCGCUCGAUCACAGGCUUCCUCCGAAAUUUGUCCCGCCAUGCCAAGGAUAAGAAUCACAUGGCCACAAAAGUGGUGAACAACCUAGUGACCAAGCUGCCCGCCGACGGCUACCAGAAGGAGCCGUCCAGCGACGUGGUGGUCAACAUCUGUGGAAUUCUCAACAACUUGGUGACGUGCAGCUCGGUCGCCGCCAGAGACGUGUGCUUCUUCGACGGCCUGCCCAAAUUGGUCGCCAUCAAGAAUACCAACGACUCCAGUUCUGGAAAGAUGAGAGCAGCCAAAGCAGCCGCCACAGUGCUCAGCAACAUGUUCCAGUACAAGAAACUCCACAAGGACUACAAAAAUAAAGGCUUCACAAGACCAGACUUUGCAGACACGACCAUCUAAAAUGGAAGGUAACGUGAAGUAGAAGUUUGCUUCUACUAGACUCCACCAGUGGAAGUCUACUGGCAGCGAGGGACUAAAUCAGCCUUUUCUGCUAUUCCGAGAUCACCCAAGCUCAUUUUUCAUCUGCCAGAAAGUUUGUGAUAAGAACACUCAGUGGACAUUGAAGAGGGAGUCAAGCAUGCAAAUGUGAGCACUAUAUAUUCUAGUGUUUGCGUGUGGCUUCAGGGAUGCAUUUUAUACAAGCAGAUGUAAAAACAGUGUGAAACUAUAGAUUAUGAUUCAUAAUGAUAUUCUAACCAAUGCGGUACUUAUUUGUAUAUAUUGCUUAAUGUUCGACUUAAAAAUCACAUUUUAUACUCUGUAACCAAGGACUUUCUUAUGUCAUGACUUUUGGUUUGUCCCUUUCGGCAAGUCACUUGCAUGAAGUGUUUAUUAAUGUGUAUGAAUGAGCGAAAAGCUAUUGUAAUUGAAUUUUACUCCAGAGAUGAAUUUUUUUUAUACUUUUGCUUCAGAAAGGUUGGGAUAUUGGUCUGCCUCUAAAGCUGUCAUGUAUUCUACAAAUGUGUGUACGCUAAUCUGUUGUACUGUCUGUGGCUUUUGCAAUUUUGAAAAAAAGCUGUAAUGGUAAAGUGUCAGUGCAUGUGUGAUUGAGAAAACAUGCGUGUCCUGAAAGAAACUAACAAGUUUUCAUGUGUAUUUGUUUAGUCUUUGAGGUUUUUGUUUGUGUAAAUGAUCCAGCACAUAGUUUGACACCUGUCAAUAUCUGGAAUCUAAUUUCUCAGUUUGAUAUACUAUGGUGACUGGCAUCUGUUGUAUUAAAAAAAAAAAAAAAAAGUGAUUUGCUAUAUGCGCAGCUGUACCAUCUGAUUUAAUAAAGAAACAGAUCUACCGAA